UAGUCUGCAAAAGAAGUGCAAGAUGAGAUUUCUGAUUGUAGCCACCGCUGUCUUCGCCUGCGCCGCAGCCGCACCCUCGGGUGCCCUGCUGGCCGCACCUUACGCCGCUGGCCUGGUCGCCUCACCCUGGGCAACCUCAUGGGCUUCACCCUUGGCGGUCGCCGCACCCCUGGCUGUAGCCAGGACCGUGGCCCUGCCAGCUGCCAUCCCGACCAUCCCUCCCGGUGACAUCCAAGGAGCAGCCCUCGAGGCCAACGCAGCCGCUGUGGACGCCGUCCGCUCCGUCAACGACCAGGCUGCCGAACUCCAAGGCAGAGCCAUCAACGCCGCUGAAGACCACGCCUGGCAAUCACUCAACGCCGUCCAAACCGCCCAGGCUCAGGUUGACGGAGCCGCCGCCAGCGUAGCCCCCAACGUAGCCCGGUCCCUGGUCGCCCCAGUAGCCCCAGUGGCCGCUUACGCCGCCGCCCCAGCACUGAUUGCCCCAGCGAUCGCCCGCUCCGUCUACGCCCCAGCUAUCUCCGCUCCCCUCGCCGUGGCCCCCUCCGUCAUCGCCGGCUCCCAGUCUAUCUCCACCCAAUCUCUCUCCCAGACCCACCCGUCUCCACUGAUCGCCGCCCCAGUGGCCUACGCCGCCCACGGGUGGUAAUCCAACCAAAACACUUUAUACCUAUUUAAAAAUUACGCAGGCGAAAACUAUCGCGAUUAAAUGAAAA